GGACCCUCUAGUGCUCGUGGGUGGUACUCCGGAACUCUUGUGAAUAGAGCUCGUACGACGAAGGGGGAUGGAUGCAAGCUGAGGACAAGAAGACCCUCUCUCAAACUCUCUAGACACGGGACAAUCUGGAAGCAUUGUAGUCCUGUUUCGAUGCGUUCACAGUCAGAGACAGGAUGCACAUCAUUAUUUGACGGGACUAUAGGAGAUAUUUACCUUCACCACAUCACGCUUUACUUUGUAGUCUUCCAUGUGUGAAUGAAUAAUGUUCUUGGACCUUUUAAUGUGGUGUAUGAUAGCACUGGACACCGCGCGCAUCGCAUCAUCUCUGGAGUUACAACCUGACAUGCCUAAUGUGUGUGCGGAGCAGGAGUUGUCCAUGCUGGGUGCACGCCAGCCUUGUGUCCAGGCCUUCACUCGGAUGGUCAAGGUCUGGAAGCAAGGCUGCACCGGCCACCGCUGGUGUGUUGGCUACGAAAGGAGAACAGGCUACUACACAGCCUACAGGCAGGUGUACAGUAUGGAUGUGCACAGGGUGUACAGGUGCUGCCCUGGGUGGACACAGAGGGGCAAGGAGAGGGGCUGUUUGCACCGGGUGUGUGCUGCUACUACCUGCUUCAAUGGGGGCAGGUGUGCUGAGAGAGGUGACCAGAUCUGUCAGUGUCCUGUAGGCUUCCAAGGAACACGCUGCCAGUAUGAUGUCAACGAGUGCUCGACUGCUAACGGCGGCUGUGAGGGACAUUGCUGCAACACCAUUGGAAGCUUCUACUGCAAGUGCCCCGAGGGCAGUCAACUGGGCCUGGACGGAAAGGCCUGUCAGGAUGUGAAUGAGUGUGAGGAGCUGAAUGGUGGCUGCCAGCAGACCUGUGUGAACACGGCAGGCUCCUACCACUGUGAGUGCAGCCAGGGCUUUCGCAUGCACACUGACGGACGGACCUGCAUUGCUGUGAACUCCUGCUCGGUGAAGAAUGGCGGCUGUGAACACAAGUGUGUGGACAUGGACAACGACCACUACAAGUGCGAGUGUCGUAGGAACUACCAACUGAAGAGGGAUGGGAAGCACUGCGAGUUUAGGGACCCCUGUGUGGACAGGAGUGGAGGCUGUGUCCAGCUGUGUCAUUCUGUGGAUGGUCAAGCAGAGUGCAGCUGUAGACCUGGGUACUCACUGGCCGGUGACCGCCAGGGCUGUGAGGACAUAGAUGAGUGCAGCUCGGGCCACGCCAUGUGUGCCCAUCGCUGUGUCAACACCCGGGGCUCCUUCAGCUGUGUGUGUAACCCUGGCUUUGAGCUGGGCGCUGACGGCAAACAGUGCUACCGUAUUGAGAUGGAGAUCGUGAACAGCUGUGAGAAGAACAAUGGAGGAUGCUCCCACCACUGUGAACACACCACCAACGGACCUCUCUGCUCCUGUAACGAAGGAUACCAACUGGCUGAGGACAGGAAGACCUGUGUGGACAGUGAUGAGUGUGAGAGUGGGGAGGCGUGCUGCAGUCAGUUCUGUAAGAACAACCCAGGGGGCUAUGAGUGCAGCUGCAAGGCUGGCUAUAGGCUCCACGCAGACGGCUGUGGCUGCAAUGACAUUGAUGAGUGCCUGGCAGAGAGUUCUGUCUGUGAACACUACUGUGUGAACACCCUGGGGACCUACGAGUGUUUCUGCAGACUGGGCUUCCGUCUGGACCACGACCAGAGAGCCUGCAUCCCGCUGUACGACAGUGACCUGGAUGACGAUGAAGAGGAGGAUGAUGCAGAGGAGGAUCUGGAAGUGCACAGGUUGCCAGAUCUGCUGUUCCGACGGCCCCCUCAGCUCCUGCAGUACACUGCAGCCCUGCACUCACCCUAUGGUGAAGACCAGGAGGAAGAGGCACAGAGAGGGGAACUCACCCUGGUCAGCCACAUAGUGUGUCUAGAUGAUUCCUUUGGGGAUGACUGCAGUGUGAGCUGUGCUGACUGUGAGAACGGAGCAGUGUGUGGUGUGGACAGAGAACACUGUGAAUGUACACCUGGAUGGACUGGCGUCAUCUGCAACGAGACUUGUCCAGUGGGGACCUAUGGACAGGCCUGUAACAGCCUAUGUCGUUGCCAGAAUGGGGGCUCCUGUGAACCAGUAACCGGGAGGUGUGUUUGCCCACCGGGGGUGCAGGGCCAGCUCUGUGAGGAUGGUUGCCCACAAGGAUACUUUGGGAAACACUGUAGGCGGAGGUGUAACUGCCCCAACAACGGGCGCUGCCACCGUCUCUAUGGAGCCUGCCUGUGUGCCCCGGGGCUAUAUGGACGCUUCUGCCACCUGCCUUGUCCCAGGUGGACCCACGGUGUUGGCUGCUCUGAGGAGUGUGACUGUGAUCUGGAACAUUCCCUGGGCUGCCAUCCCAAGAACGGGACCUGUCUGUGCAAACAUGGCCACCACGGCUCUCAGUGUCAGCAAGAGUGUGAUCCAGGGUUCUAUGGUAGUGGCUGUUGGCAGCAGUGUAACUGUACAGUUGGGGAGACCUGUGACCCUAGGAGUGGAGGGUGCACCCGGAGGUGUCCUGCAGGGCUCCAUGGGAACCUGUGUCAGCUGGCCUGCAGUGCUGGUCAGUUCGGGGAGAACUGCCUCCGAUCAUGUGUGUGUGGAGGAGCACCCUGUGACCCCAUGACAGGAGAGUGCAUCUGCCCUGUUGGGAAGACAGGAAAGGCCUGUCAACAAGACUGCCCAGAGGGAUUAUGGGGGUUGAAGUGCCGGUUCCUAUGUAGAGCGUGUGAUAACAGAGCUUCCUGCAACAAGCAGACAGGAGUCUGUAACUGCAGCCCUGGGUACACAGGACAACUCUGCCAGACUGUGUGUCCAACAGGGUCCUAUGGGCCAGGCUGUGUGAGUACCUGUGUCUGUCACCCUGAUGCCAGCUGUGACCAUGUCACCGGACACUGCAUCUGUCCCCCGGGCCGAACAGGACACGUCUGCACUAAGCCCUGUGAGGAGGGGUCCUGGGGCUCUGGGUGCUCUAACAGGUGCCAGUGUGCAGACCGAGCCCUGAGUUGUGAUGCUGUGACUGGACGCUGUGUGUGUGAGGCUGGCUUCACUGGAGACAACUGUGAACAGAAGUGUGUGGAGGGCAGCUAUGGUUUGGGCUGUGCCCUGAACUGUCAGUGUCAGCACGGGGCUCUGUGUGACCAUGUGAGUGGAGCCUGCACCUGCUCCUCUGGAUGGACCGGAAGCUUCUGUGAGAAAAUGUGCCCGGACGGGUUUUACGGUCUUGACUGUGGCCAGAUGUGCGAGUGCAGGAACGGUGCCCGCUGCCACCACAUCACAGGAGCCUGCCUCUGCACCCCUGGCUGGUCGGGACCACACUGCAUUCUGGCCUGCCCUGAGGGUGGUUUUGGGAAGAACUGCAGCCGGAGCUGUGAGUGUCAGAACGGGGCCACCUGUGACCACGUCAGCGGCCGCUGCAGCUGUGGAGCCGGAUGGACCGGAGCCAGCUGCCAAGAGGCCUGUUCUGCUGGGAGGUAUGGAGAGGACUGUUCCCAGCUGUGUCUGUGCCAGCAUGGAGGCUUCUGUGACAGGGUGACUGGCCAGUGUUCCUGCCCCAGAGGGUGGACCGGAGCAGCCUGCGAGCUGGACUGUGGUGAGGGGCACUAUGGAGAGGGGUGCACACAAACCUGCAGCUGUCAGAACGGAGGGGCAUGUGACAGAGAGACUGGGGGGUGUAGCUGUCCCCCUGGCUGGACUGGAGAGCACUGUCAGACAGCCUGCCCAGACGGUCUCCAUGGAGAAGGGUGUGAGCAGAGGUGUCAGUGCGACCACGGGACAAACUGCCACCAUGUGACGGGCAGGUGUGAAUGUCACCCAGGAUGGAGAGAGGCCCGGUGCGACAAACCCUGCCUGCCUGGGGUCUACGGUGCUUCCUGUACCCAGCGGUGCCAGUGUCAGUCUGGGGUGUCCUGCCACCACGUUACUGGGACAUGUGGCUGCCCUGCUGGUCUCACUGGGAACGGCUGUGAGGAGACGUGUCCAUCAGGUGUGUUUGGACUUUACUGUAGCCAGAUGUGCCAGUGUUCUGGGGACCAUGAGCAGUGUCACCCUGUUACUGGAAGGUGUACCUGUCUACCUGGUUACUACGGCAACCGUUGUGAACUCAUGUGUCGAGAGGGAUCAUAUGGGCCAAACUGCAAGGCCAGAUGUAAGUGCAACAAUGGCGGUCGCUGUGACACUAAAACAGGGACCUGUGAGUGCACACCUGGCUUCCUAGGAGCUGACUGCAGCACUGGUUGUCCAGUGGGGCGCUAUGGGAAGGACUGUGCCUGUCUGUGUUCCUGUGGGGAGAGAGGGCAGUGCCACCCUGUGACUGGGAGGUGUAUCUGCGCCCCAGGCAAAAUCGGGCAGUCCUGCCAUCAAGCCUGCCCUAGGGGGCGCUAUGGCCUGCAGUGCAGGAACACAUGUGUGUGUCAGAACGGAGCGCUGUGUGAGCCCAGGGACGGGAGCUGCAGGUGUGGGCUGGGCUGGACGGGACCACGCUGUGAGACAGCGUGUGUCCAGGGGAAGUACGGACCGGACUGUGCACUGGACUGUCCCUGCCAGAACAACGGGACAUGUGACCGCUUCACAGGCUGUUGCAGCUGCACGGCCGGACACUACGGACACUCUUGUGAACACUCGUGUCCCUCAGGCUUCUUCGGACAGAACUGUGCCCGUCCGUGUGACUGCCGGGCGGGACAGACAUGUGAUCAUGUGACGGGCCGGUGUGUGUGUCUGCCUGGCUACCGUGGCUCCCAGUGUCAGAGACGGUGCGAGGCUGGCAGGUUUGGGGAGGGCUGUCAGCAGUCAUGUGACUGCGUCGGGAGAGCACCCUGUCAUCCAGCCACGGGACAGUGUCUCUGCCCCCCAGGGAAGACUGGACAGAGAUGUGAAAAAGACUGUGGAGGAGAUCGUUUUGGUCCUGGCUGCUCCCUGCAGUGUCAGUGUUCCCAUCAGGCCCAGUGUGACGCUCGUAAUGGCCGCUGCCUGUGUCCUGUUACCUGGCUGGGCCCUACGUGCACAGAAGGACUACUAGAGACUGCAGAGGUCUCAGCGUUGGGCUUCUCUCCCUCCCUGAAGAGGCCGUCUGGUCUCUCCCACUCGUAGCGCCGCUGGAGGCCCCACAUCCCAAACUAGACGUCCCAAAUACCCCCGCCAGAUGUCUCAAACACUGAACACUGAACAAGGUGCCCUAAAUAUGCAAUCAGGGGUCCAGGGGCGUCAUGGGAAGGCUGUGUACAGUUGGACAGAUGGACAAAGGUAUACAGCCAGAAGGUGAUUCAGGUCUGGACCAGACACACAAGGUAAUGUAUUCUUAUGACUACACCUGUAUUCUGCACAUUUGGUUGAGAAAUGUGCAUUGGCUUUUUGGGAGCCUGCAGAAAUGUGCAGAAUGCCGGUUUAGUUAGAGAGAGAGAGCAGGCUACAAAAGGACCUGGAACAUUGAUGUGCUGCUGGGCGGUAGACAUUGGAAAUGUCACCUGAGCUCUAUGACGCUCCCUACCUGAUUGUCUCAGGACUGGACCCCUACCCCAAGUCAACUGGUCUAGCCUGUCAUUAACCACAGGCCAAACACUUCCUGGACAUUCAUAACGUCUCUGUCCUCACCCCAAUGCAGCUUUGUGCAGCCUAGUACACAGAGGUGGGCAACUACGGGGCUGGAGGGGCACAGUGUGUGCAGACCAUCGCUAUCACACAUGAUUCACAAAGACCAUGAUUAGGUGAUUAGUGGAAUCAGGUGUGUUAGAGCUGGGCUGGAACAAAAGCCUGCACCCUCCUCUUGCUUACCCAUGGCCUACCCUCAGAGUCAUUGGUCAGACUGACAUGGGAGCAACAUCACUCCCGAAGUGUCCACUGGUACUGUCUCUCCGUUGAAUGGUACUCUGUCAUUUUCUCAUAUCAUAUACAGUGAGAAUAUUUUGUGUUGCAUUUUACUGGUUUCUUUUGACAGUGACUGCCUGAUUGCUUGUCAUAAAGUGUUAAUAUAUUUUGAAAUUGCUUUUGGUGGUAUGUUUGAUAAGAUCACUUACUGUAAUAUUAGAUCAAGGAAAGCCACGUAUCAAUUCAUUACUGCUGUUACUGUCUGUUACUGUAAGUGUAUCAGUUCAAUGACACUAUGACCUAUAGAAGUCUGUUUUUGCCAAGUAAUCAGUAUAUUUUCAUGUAGAUGGGUUUUUAGAAUAUUACAAAGCAUUUGAACUGUACCUCAGGAUACUGCAAUACAUACCACUCAUAACAUGUACUGUACUAUGUGCCUGAUGGCAAGCUUUAUGUAAAUGGUGCUAUUUUGAUACAUUUAGAAUUUUUAACAAAUUCUCUUUUUGCUAAUGUGGUACAUCGGUCUGUUAUUUCUGUCCCUAAUAUCGCAUCACCAGAUUUAGGAGAGAGGCCAUUUUAUGUGGGAGCAGUGUAGCAUGGUAUUGGGUCCUCUGCCUGGGAGCUUAGAGAAAGGCAAGGCAGUGGGGCGUGGAGUGGGUAGGAGAUGGGGGAGGAGAGGGGGUCUGAGAUGGCCUGUCACAGAGCAGUGAUGGAGGAUUGGAGGCCAGGGAGCACAGGCCCGCCGCAGAUCAGCCAGGGAGGUCAAGCGGCGUGCAACAAGCCAGACCGUUACCUGCUACAACACCUGUCAGAAGGUGGUGGUGGGGGUGUGGCACUUGAGCAUAGCAGAGGUCGUGGUGGAGGAGAGAGGAGGAAGGCGGCGGCUGGGACGUCCGUCCCCGAGGCAUUUCUCAAGUGCAGUGGAGCGUCUCCAGCGUCCGCCGCCGGGCAGGUGUCUGGACCAUGCGUGGACCAGGCAGCCCACAUCGGCCGCCUCCGUCCCCGGGUGAGUGAUGUGCGAGCAGGGCCGCAAGCGCAAAACCGAGCCCCUGGCUGAUGGAUGGGGGGCUGCUCGGCCUGGACCCGUGUUGUGACAAGCAACAGAUGUUCUCCAAUAAUGUUUAUCAGCCGGGCCUUCAUCUUCAGAUGACAUACACCUGUUUCCAGUCAAACAGCCCCACAGAGGCCAUCCAUCCUCCCAGACCUGGGUGGCCACAGAGGGCUCUAUUCCCAGCCCUUAUCCACCUCCUCAUCUUCAAUACCCAACCCUUUCCAUCACACAGCUCUCUCCCCAUCUCUAAUCCACCUCUCAACCCCCAGUCCCACCUGUAUAACCCUGCAUCGCCAGCCCUAAUCCCAUAUCAUAUCCAUCCUCCUCAACCCUAAUCCCAUAUUUUACCCACCUCUUCCUUUCCAUCACUAAAGGGUUCCCUGCACAUCACUGAUCUACCUCCCACCCCCACAAGUCUCCAUCCCUUCCCCACCUAUCAUCCCCCAACCCACCAUACUGCAACCCCUUCACUACAGACCUUCUGUGGUCUCUCUGGGCUAGACAGAGGUUGGGCUGUGCUGUGCUGAGCUGUGCCAGACCUGAACACAACACAGCACUGUGGUCAUGGUGGGAGCAGGGUUUUCAUGGCCGAGUGAGGGUGAUCAGAGCAGGAGGGGGUUAGGAGGAGGGGUAGGCAGGAAACCGGCGAUGAAAUAGCCCGUUGCGAGGUAAGAUCGCAUCUGGGUACUUUUUCGCUGUAAUUAAGCAUACACUCCACUCUCUCGGCAAAGAGCGAUUUCUAUCACUUCUCUGUCGUCAAGAUUACUAGCCUACUUCUCUCUCCCUCUGUGCUCAGUCAGAUCACAGGAGGGCAAGUUGUUUGAACUGGAACUGACAAAGCAAGCGGCUCCGAUAAAUCACCAGGGGGAAAUAAGUUCAACGCGUCGUCCUCCGCCAUUUGUUUGGUUGUUUCGCAGGAAAAUAAAUGUGAAAUGCCAAGCCUGCUAAAAUAUGGGUAUCUAGGAGCUCUCCACACUCUGACUGUUAACACCAAGCAAGGGAUGCAAAGGCUUCCUUUUGUUUAUUUAUCUGUUCUCGUCUGACUUGAAUUAUUAUCACUAUCAACCCACAAUGUCUACUCCAACAACGGAAUGUUCUGACUGUUGAAUCAAGAAGGCCCUGUGAUGAUAAUAAAUCCGCAAAAGUGUGAAAUUCUAGGGCACGAUCACGACGUAGAAAAUUACGCCUUCCUUACGCAGGCCUUUCCUACGGACUUUUCUGUAGUUGUUAUUAAAACGUACCUUAUGCAGGUAGGCGCAUAACAGGCUUUGCAGGCGUGGUUCAGUUGCACACUGAAUAAAUGUAAUUCAACUGCUGAAAACCC